UCAUCUUCAGUUCACAGCUUCACGCGGAACAGUGCGGCAGCUCCUCACAACCAGUCUCUCGCAUAGUCUGGUGGGGAUUCGCUCUAUAUAUUUUUUUUUCUCUCGGUGUUAUCUUGUGUUAACUAUAAUAUACAAUAGAUAAAUAAAUUACCCAUAAGGAUAUUGUUAAAGAGGAAGCUCAUGUAAUGUGCUAACGGAUCAUAACAGGAAGAUUGGCUGAAAGCUUAUGAAUUCUCUUGUGAGUGUCGUGUCCCUGUGAGCCUGCAGUCAAUGCUCUCUGGAUUAGGUAUCACAACACACGCAGAGAGUACAGGAAGCUUAGAGGCAGCAUCCAACUAGUCUCCAUAUGUUACCUGGGAGAAUUGACCAGACUCGCUGAUUGUACUCUGUAAACUAUGCAUCGUGGAUUAACGUCUUAACUAAGUUCACUAUAGAGUUGCCGUCAUCAUGUGGGUGGCGACCUUCCCAGCGCGGAUCGUCCUGCUGGCGAGCACUGUGGUUGCCGUGUUGCCACAAAAGCCGUCAACAAGGAGCCUAGACGUGUUCCAGAGCUCCGGUAACCGCAUCGUAGGGAGGCCGGUGCUGACGACUGGGGGGUCACUGCUGGGGGAGUCGUGCGCCGUCAGUAAGAACUGCGGCGUUACCUCCGGCGUGUGUGAGAAAGGCAGAUGUAUGUGUCAGCCACACUACCUCGCAGUCAACGCUUCUCUCUGUCUACCGGGUGCUCUACUCGGGUUCCCCUGCCAGGUGGACGCCCAGUGCAGCAUGAGGGUAGACCACUCGGCGUGUAUUCAGGGCUACUGUCGCUGUGACGCCAAGUACGUGCCCUACAGGAGGAACAACUGCCUGAAGGGUGCUCGUGUAGGGGACAUGUGCAGGAGCCAUGAACAGUGUCGGCUGGGGAGCCGUGGCAGCUUCUGUAACUUCACCGUCCCGAGGGUGUACGGCCGCUGUCAGUGUUCCAGUGACGUACCCAAGACCCCCGGCCGUACCUGUGGACACCUGCGAUACUCUCUAGGGUCUCCGUGUGGUACCAGUGCCCAGUGCAGCAACAGCGUGCCCGGGUCAGUAUGUGUCAUCCAGCACGAUACCCCGCUGCCCACGCCCUCAGAUAUCAUCCCCAACAGCAUCUCUGCCAUCCCCGGUGUGCCCCCCAGGUCCCUCGUUGUGCCCUUGGCUGUAUGUGCCUGUCCCUCGGGCCAUCUGGUGGUUGAGAAUGGCACUCGGUGUAUCCCUGUUCUUAAAGAUGCUGGCGUGACCCCGGCCUCACUGGGUCAGAGAUGCGAGGGGUCUAACCAGUGCCGGGCCUCAGAUCCCUUCACCUUCUGCCGUGCCGGCGUCUGCCACUGUAUUCACAAUAGUGCUGAGUGUUCCGCUGACAAGACGGGCUGUUACAAAGACACCUUCCAGUGCGUGUCAUCCGGGCGUUGCAUCAGCUGGUACUAUGUGUGUAACGGAGUGAGGGAGUGUGAUGACGGGUCGGACGAGGCCUACUGUUUACCUCACAGGUGUCCCCGUCUGGCACACACCUGUAACGACGGUACCUGUAUCUCCCGCGCCCACCUGUGUGACGGCAUACCUCACUGUCCUGACGGGUCGGAUGAAUCUUCGUGUAAUGGCUCGGCAGCGUGUCCAGCGUCGACCUUCAGAUGUGGGGGCGGUCGAUGUCUCCCUGGUUUCGUCUUCUGUAACGCCACGCCCACCUGUAGCGACGGGAGUGACGAGGAUGUGACCGCUUGCAUCCAGGGUUCUAUCACCGCCUCCUACUGCCCCUUCAGGUGUGGCAACGGGCGGUGUCGGUCCACGGCUAUCCUGUGUUCGGGUACUGACGGCUGUGGCGACAACACAGACGAAGCCAAGUGUUCCAUCUGUAGUUGCCGUCGACCAAAAGAGAAAUGAAGACAAAGACGAUAAUGAAUAUCUUAGGACUCGUCCCCACCAGCAUCUUCACCAAGAGGACAGAGGAGUGAGCUCGACACAUCCCCAACACUGAUAAGGCGCUGCGCUUCUACUCUACUCUACUCUUCCCUGAGACGCCAAGAUCAAAGACUUUAGGAAGAUACUGUACAGUGUGAUCGAGAAGUCCCUGUGCACCUGCAGUAAAUAAUAAUUGAGCUGUUCCUUGUUAUACCUACAUUGUUAUAUACUUUACUAUACUUACAUUAAAAACUGGUAUUGGUAUCCAAUUACAGAAAUUAAUUUGACUAUUUUUUUAUAUUUACAAUACGAAGAACAGGGUAUAUAAAACACUAGGUAUAACAAGGAACAACUCAGUUAUUAUUUAUUGCAGGUGCACAGCGACCUCUCGAUCACCCUAAGUGCUAUGGAUAUGGGUACACUUAAUCUAUGCAUAGUUCUAUAUAAAUGAUGACACCUUAAGGCAACAGGGUAUAAGAGUGUUGCUGGGACAUUGUUUAUACAGUGUGUGUGUGAGAGAGAGAGAGAGAGAGAGAGAGAGAGUCAAGAAUUAAAUGAAAGACGGUAUGAUUGCAGUUUUGACUUGUACUUGGGAGACUGAGAACCUCCGUGUAUUAUUCUCAUUAAUUCAGUGAAUUAGUUUUGAGGGCAUUACUCACCAAAAUAUAUAUAUCUUGCAGUUUACUACAAGGUUGAUGUAAAAUUAUUUAUGGUGCUAUGUUAGUGUGUGUAUGAUGUGUAGUUACUCUUAUUGUAAGUGUAGGUAACCGUAAUAUAUAAUUGAUAUGUCGGGUUCUCUUCAUAUAUUCCUUCGACAAACAUGGCCUCUAUGGUAGUCUAAGACGGUUUAUUUACUGAAAAUUGUCGUAAAUAUGAAAACUAUCAAGGAAAAAGUGAGCAGAGCAAUGUAAAGUUUGUUCUGAAAUCACUGCUAUGUAUGUAUUUACAGUGGAUAUCUCUAUUACCUAUUGCUAACUGGUCUCCUUAUAGAUCCUGUGAGGUCCAUCCACCGUGGCCCAGUGGAAAAUUAAGGAUCCCAUGGGAAAUAAACUGUUAAACGCU